AAUUUCUAUAUCGUUAAUCUCGUCGACCCUUCGCCUCCCUUCGCCUUGACGAUCUAUUCAGUAUCGGCUAGCCGAAGAAAUUCCUGCCAUAUUCCGCCAAUAGCUUUCUUGCUUCUACCACCUCUCCCAUCUUUCCAUAUCCGGCUUCCACCUGCUGCUUCCUCACCGCACUUCUUGUAUCCUAACAACGCAUUUCUCCCUUUUCACCUGUUCGCCGGAUCGCUCUCACCUACGAUACCAUCAUCGGUGCUACAACAUCGUCCGGCGUAGAUUGCAAGACGAUCUGCGAAUUUUGACAAUGCUUUGGUUAUUGCCCGAGCGACCAACACAAAAAGCAAAUAAUACGCGAAGUGGCCUGCGAACGGUCCAUUUUUCAUGACAGACUUUACGCCGAAUCUGCUGGAGAAUUAGGAGGAGGAACCAGCAUCAUAAUUGGUAAUGGCCCAGGCUACCUGCGAUCAUCCCGUCGCCGGCAUCAUUGAGCGCCAGUCACUCUGCCUUCCUAGCUUAGAACCAGGCGUUCCUACACAACACGGAGAAAAAGGGUUCGCCGAAAACAUCAGCCGACAUUUCAAUCCCUCCGAAAGCAAUGCCGUUGAAAGGCUGGUGAACUUAAAGCAAGAGCUGAGGGAUGCCGACACGGAAACUUUCUGGAGGAGACUGAUGGAGGGUAUGACGGAAAUAUGCCAGGCACAAUACGGAUUCGUCGCCAAAAGAAUCUUGACGGAUGAUCAGAAUUCGGCUGUGGAGAUGCCCCCUCUGGGGGAGGCUGGAUCAUGCCUCCUAGGAGUAGCCUUCUACUACAAUGAUGGUGACCAGCAAAAGGCAAUGCAUCGAGACUACAAGUAUCUGGCUGGCGGGGCUCCUUGCGGCUACAUGAAGCACGACAAGGUCUUCUUAAUCCCUGAGCAGAUGAGUUCUUUCAUCACGAAUAACCCAAAUGCGCUUCCCUUGCCGGCCGAGGGAUAUAUUGGCCUACCUCUCUUCUCAGACGGCAAGUGUUUUGCACACUUUGGUAUGAUGUGGACGCAGGAAGGCCUGGACCGCCGAGAGACGUCUUGGAAUUACACUGAGCUGCUCCUUCACUCAUUGGAAGAUAUGGUUACUCAACGACUAGUCUCUGGCGAAGGUUUUGCUAAGCCUCCGUCUACAACUAUGCCUCGACCGACCCAGGUCCUCCCACGAGAGGCCAUCACCUCCAGAACCCAAUCCUUGAAGCCUUAUGCCAAAAGCCUGUCGCACGAACUUAGGACACCGAUGCAAGGUGUGGUGGGCAUGCUGGAUGUUAUGCACGCAACGGUCCAAGAACAGAUUGAGAGCCUCUCCAAUCCUUCUAUUCGCCACGUAUUUCAUACUUUAAAGGACAACAUCGAGAUCAUUCAGGACAGUUCGAAGAGAGCCGUAGAAGCCGCAGACAAUGUCGUUCACGCAUAUGACAUGAAUAUGGAAAUUCCAGACACCCCUUUGGACGACAACGAGGCACCGGCCACCGCCAAAGACAAUGCAGGCUACUUUGACUAUAGACCUGCUCGGCUGAUAGAAGGCAGCGACAUCCAUGUCAACCAUUCCUAUAAGCGACGACGCAGCAGCCCGACGGCCUGGCACUUCGGCAACGCCCCCAAAAUUAGACAGCUGAGUCGUUCGACGCAUGUCGACGUCUCUCCCAAGAGCAUAACAUCACGCUCGGGCCCUUCUUCAACACCCAGAACCACACUUUCUGACGAGCGGAUACCGUCUAUCUUCACUCCCGUGCCAGAAGGAUUUACCCCUGGUGAUUUCAACACGCCUUCUACCAAAAUGUCCCUCGAGAGCGAUGCAUUUCCUACGCCUGGAUUGAAAAAUUGCAAAAUCCGGGACCUGAUACCCAUGGUUAUCCACGAAUCACUCCGAGUCGGCGGCCGGCCAGAUUCGGCCAUUGGAGAACCCAUCGACAAUGGCGAGAGAAUUGCCGUCAGGUCGCGAUAUUCCAAUGGACAGAUCUCUCAGAGGAUGAUCGAGUGGACAGUGGCUGAUGAUGUGCCCGAGACUCUGCUUGCUGAUGAACGGGAUUUGGCCAAGCUGGUAUCGGCCGUGUUCCUCAACGCUGUCAAAUUUACCGAGGAGGGAUUCAUCACCCUCUCAGUGCGGCUGUCGAGCAGUCAGCGGUACCUGGCCAUCAAUGUCAGAGAUACUGGCGAUGGAAUACCAGAGGACUUCCAGCCCGAGCUGUUCAAACCGUUCUCGCGAGAAGAUGACUCCUUGACCCGGUCGAAAGAGGGGCUGGGACUUGGUCUACUGGUCGCCAAAGGUCUAGCCAGACGUCUGGGUGGAGACGUCACGCUUGUGGGAUCAGAGGUUUCCGGUCCGCACCAGGGGUCUGAGUUUGAGAUAAAGAUCCCACUUGAACCGGGUGAUGCUUCGAGUCGUAUCGGUACGCCGGGCAGUAAGACACCGGAGUUCUCAAACAGUCUGUCUCGCCCCUUCACGAUUUUCCCAAGCCCAGACAUUGGGUGCAGACCAUCGUCAGAACAAGAGGACGGCCGGAGAACGUCUCCUUGGAGGUGUAAUGACUUGAAACUUUCGGCACUACCCACCUCUACCGGAGAUGGCGCUGAGGCUUCAGGGCCUCGCAGCAAGUCGGCUGCGUACCGUAUGCCGCUGCGAAAAGACACUUAUGACAGGAACUUGGCCCAGAAGCAUCCGCUCACCUUCUUGGUCGCGGAAGACAACAAGAUCAAUCGAAAACUCCUGGUCAACAUGCUCGGCAAAUUAGGGUACAAAGACGUCCACGAAGCUUUUGAUGGCAAGGAAGCUGUCCGAAUCAUGAGAGAAUUACACGACUCCGGCAACAAGAAUGGUUCGAAUGGGAAGCGCAAGAAGAAAUCCGUGGACGUCAUUUUGAUGGAUCUCUGGAUGCCUGAGAUGGAUGGUUAUGAGGCGACUGAGCACAUCCUGGCCAUGUUUCAGAAUCCCGAUCGGUCAAAACAAGACUUGAUGUCUGCGCCGAUUGUGCUGGCAGUGAGUGCGGAUGUCACCGAUGAAGCCAUCAACCGGGCGACGCGAACGGGUAUGGAAGGUUUUAUGACCAAGCCAUACAAGCUGACGGAUUUGCAAAAAUUGAUCGUGGAGUUCUGCAUCAGAAGCGACGCUUCUCAGGUGUCUGCUUGAAUUGGGACCCCUGAACGGGACAGGGCUUUUGGGAAAGACGGACUACUGCAUUGCUGUGGUCUGUUUGUAUUAAUCUCUUACGAGAACCACAUAUGACGACCAUCAUGAGCGAGAGAAUACUGAAUGUGAUACCCAUUAUUUAUCUGAAAUAUGCUAUCC